CAAGGACCAUAAUGCAUUGCAGCGAAACAGUCAUUAUCAUGACACAUCUUCAACAUAAGGAAAAGCUUCCUCUUUGGAAGCGUUUAAUUUGCUAACCUUGGGGAGAGGUUGGCUCCUUCUUAUGGUUAGCAUUUUGAGAAGUAAUAGCUAGCUACUCGAGUUGGCAAGCAGAGACUGUCAGGCACUAAAUGUGUGCCAUAAGUGAUCUGCAGGUAGCUUUCUAGCUCAGGAGCUCGCUAAAAGAGAGCUACACAAGCUAGUGCGCGCUAACGCUAGCUAACCGAGGAGACCGAAUCCGUGACAUUUAACGUUGGAGAGCUACAUUCAUGAUAGAAAGAAGCUGAAAGGGACAACUGUCAUCGUUAUAUCUACAAGACAUGUUACAAAGUAGUAGCACAGGCAAGUCUGUAGAGACACUGAAGUGACACAGGCUACAGAUGAAGAUGAACACAUCCUUCCCAUGGUUUCCCAUGAAUCUCACCUGGAGUGGGAGGGUGUGAGAAAGGAAAGGAGGAGGGAACACAAGCGGACUAUAAACAAGAGUCAUGAAUCUCCAUCAGGUCCUCACAGGGGCUGUCAACCCUGGAGACAAUUGUUUCUCUGUAGGGAACGUCAACAGUGUGCCAUUCACGGCCUAUGCGUCAGGUUGUGACGUGGUGAUUUUGGGCAGUGACUUUGAGCGACUGCAGAUCAUCCCAGGGGCCAAACAUGGCAACAUCCAGGUCGGCUGUGUUGACUGCUCACUUCAGGGUGGACAGAUUGCAGCUUCCUAUGGAAGCACUGUGUGUGUCUUUGAGCCUGUUCUGCACCCAGAUCAAAAAGACACAUCGCUGACUACGGUGAACUGCCAAUGGCAGAAGACUGGUCAAUUUGUAUUAAAGUCUAUGGUACGGAAUCUGGCCUGGCAUCCCACAGGCAGCACUCUCUUAACUGGCUCUAGUAGCCUCCAGUUGUGGUCUUAUGUUGAUGGAGUGAAAGAUGAAGCUGAAGAUGCGGGAAAGCAGGCAGAAAUUACCAUAAGAGACUCUCAUUCUGCCUGGAGGUGCAUCUGGAAGAGCAAGACAGCCUCUCAAGUCAGUUUAAUGAAGUUCUCUCCUGACGGGGAAUUCUUUGCUACUGCUGGACAGGAUGACUGCCUAGUAAAGGUCUGGUACAGCACCAGUAAGUGGAAGUCAGGUGUUUCUAGACUCUUCACACCUCCAGAACCCAGUGUCAGUGUUCAGGGAGAGCUGGCCUUUUCCUUUGUCUACCUGGCCCACCCCCGCUCUGUUACCGGCUUCUCUUGGAGGAAGACCAGCAAGUACAUGCCACGAGGUGCAGUGUGUAAUGUUCUGCUCACCUGCUGUAAGGACAGCGUAUGCCGGCUCUGGGCAGAGACGCUGUUGCCGGGUGACAGCCUCCUGUCCGGUUACCAUAACAACCACACUUCUGGCCAACACAGUGACACACUCGGAUGUGCUGGCCCUUCUAGGAAAAACACCUGCAAUGGGAAGACACAAGGAACAGCACAGGAAUUGAAUUUUCAAGAAUCAUUGCACGGCUCCUUUUAUCAGGAUGUGCCCCAGCCCUCUCUGACUGGCUGCCUGCCUCACCAUCAAAGCCGACACUACAACCACAAGAAGAGCAGCAGCAACAUGCCCCAUGCCCACACUCUCUGCCACUUCCACAUUGCCGCCAGCAUCAACCCAGCAACAGACAUUCCUCUGCUGCCCUCCAUCUCUUCUCUGAGUGCCGGGGAUGACGAGGAACCUGGAGGUCCUUUUACUGUCCACUGGCUCAACAACAAAGAGCUUCAUUUCACUUUAGCUAUGGAAGUCUUUCUGCAGCAGCUCCGAGGCAGCCUGGAGCAAUGUGCCCAUGAAGAGCCUGAAGAUGAGGAUAACUUUGAUGAAGAAGAUAAUAGUAGCAGGCCAAGUGACCCCCAAGGACCUGAGGCUGUGGAGCUUUCUCUGGCAGCAGUGAAGCACCAGGUGGACGUGCUGUUAGAGGAGUGGAAUAAAGGGGCAGACAUGCUGUUCAGUAUCCAUCCCACGGACGGCUCUCUGUUAGUCUGGCAUGUGGACUGGUUAGAUGAAUACCAGCCAGGCAUGUUCAGACAAGCUCAGGUGUCAUUUGUGUCCCGUAUCCCUGUAGCGUUCCCUACAGGCGAUGCAAUCUCCCUGAGCCACAGUGUGGUUAUGUAUGCCAGCAACAAGAACGUGGAUCUAGCUAUCCAACAUGGCAGACAGCGACCACCUGGGAGCACAUUGCCUCAAAUAAAAUCUGCUCUAAUAAGCUACGGAGGUCAAGGAAAAGCUGCACCCAGCAGUAGUCUUCGACUAAGCAUUUUCACCCCCAACGUCCUUAUGAUCUCCAAACAUGCCGAUGGCUCCCUGAACCAGUGGGCAGUCAGCUUCGCAGAAGACUCUGCUUUCUCCACUGUGCUCAGCGUCUCUCACAAGUCACGCUACUGUGGCCACCGCUUCCACCUCAAUGACCUGGCCUGUCACUCAUUACUCCCUCUCCUGCUCACCACCUCGCACCACAACGCCUUGAGGACGCCAGAGGCAGACAACAUCCUGGCUCCUCCGGACGCCUGCUCCUCUGGUUUCUCUCAUUCAGCAUCUCUGCCCCGUGGGUCAAGGCCCAGCCGGGUGUCCCUAGGUGUGGUUUCCCAGGAUCCCAAUGCAAUCUAUAGUGAGCUGAUUUUAUGGAGAGUGGACCCUGUUGGCCCACUGUCUUUGUCAGGCGGGGUCUCCGAGCUAGCUCGGAUCAAUUCUCUCCAUGCAUCAGCAUUUGCUAAUGUAGCCUGGUUGCCCACGCUCAUUCCCAGCAGCUGUUUAGGUAUGUACUGUAACUCCCCCAGCGCCUGCUUUGUGGCAAGUGACGGCCACUCACUCAGGCUGUAUCAGGCUGUUAUUGAAGCUAAGAAACUCCUGAGUGAGCUCUCCAAUCCUGACAUAUCAAAAUAUGUUGGGGAGGUGUUCAACAUCAUCAGUCAGCAAUCUACAGCAAAACCAGGGUGUAUUAUAGAGCUGGAUGUCAUUACUGGCUUUCAGGGGAAGGAGACACAGCUCCUGCAUGUUUUUGAGGAGGAUCUGAUCCUCGGCAGUGAGAGAACAGAGAGCAUGCAGGAAACUCCUGAUUCGCCUCACACUGCCUCUAGCGAGCCGGCCUUCUCAGCACGUUUUUUCCUUGUGGUGGUCGAAUUGACCCCAACAGGUCGCUCGCUCCUCCACAUGUGGCAUCUUCAUCUUGCAGCUCGUCCCGUCACCAUGGAAGAGACCACAACGGAUAAGGAUGCCACUACAGCUUCUGCUAUGGACAGCUCUCAGUUUAACUUUGACACAUUCAGUUCUCCAGUAACUCAGAAGAGUAAACCCUGCACUUCCAAUCUGCAGAGUGCCUGUCGCCUUAGCCUCACAACACACAGGCUAUACAGCCAAGAGAUGUCUCUGCCAGAAGGGGUGGAAGCCAUCAGUGUUACACCUUCAGCAGGUCACCUGAGCGCAUCAUGUUCUCUGCCAGCUGGCCGUGUGCCUUACCUCCUUGCUACUUCUUGUUCUGAUGGAAAGGUGCGCUUCUGGAGAUGUAAUGUCAUUGCAACAAAGCCUUCCAGCACGGACAACCUGGUGUACCAGUGGGAGGAGUGGCCACUCCUGGUGGAGGAGAGGCUUCCCAACAGCAGCGCAGUAAGCGUGCAAGGUCGCCCCAUAGAGGUCAGCUGCUGUCACACUGGACGGAUUGCAGUUGCUUACAGGCAGAUGCCAAACACACCUCUGAACUCUUUUGGACUGUUGACUUCCUCCCCUUAUUUGUACUUUAACAAUAACACCCACCCGGCCCCAACGGUGACUGUACAGCGCAGCCCGAAUCUCAUUCCGAGCCCCAACCCAGGAAGCACUAGAGAACCAUUGGUCCACAUUGGCAUCUUCCAGUGUGAGUCCACUGGUGGUUCACAGUGGAUUCUAGAGCAGACCAUAGUCCUGGACAGCACAGAUCCCACAGCUAACUAUGGUAUUAGCAAUAGCACAACUGGAAGUGUUAAUGAGCCAAGUAACAUGGACCUCUCUAUACCUAACGAGAACUGUCAUGGUUCUAGUAGUAAGAGCCUGGUUCAUUUGGACUGGGUGUCCCAAGAGAAUGGGUCCCAUGUUCUGACUGUUGGUAUUGGGACAAAGAUUUAUAUGUACGGCCAUCUCUCUGGGAAGCCUCCAGAACUCUGUCUGUCAUCUGAUGCCAGUAGAGACCGGAGCUUGUCUCGCCUGGUUCUGCUUCGAUCUGUCGAUCUGGUCUCCUCUGUUGAAGGCUCGUUACCCAUUCCAGUCUCCCUCUCCUGGGUACGAGAUGGCAUCUUGGUGGUAGGCAUGGACUGUGAGAUGCACGUCUACUCCCAGUGGCAGCCCCCAGCACCACCCAAACCCAAUGCCCUAAUUGCCCAAGACACAGAUAUCAGCAGCAGCGUCUCCUCUAUAAUCUCAGCCAUCAGACAGAGCCAGGAGGAGGGUCUCAGCCCUGGGGCCCCCGUGUCUUCACUGGCCCCUCCAAAAAAGGCCUUGACAAGAUCGAUGAUGAGCCUGGCUCAGAAACUCAGUGGGAAGCGAACAGCUUAUGACCUCCCUGUAGAGAUGGAGGAUUCUGGGCUUUUUGAAGCAGCUCACCAACUCUUUCCCACUCUGCCCCAGUACCAUCCUGUACAGUUGCUGGAGCUCAUGGAUCUAGGGAAGGUUCACCGUGCCAAAGCAAUCCUCUCCCACCUGGUGAAAUGCAUUGCUGGAGAAAUUGUGGCACUUAAAGACAGUUCCACCAAUCCAGAGAAACGUGUGCGCUCUCGAACCAUCAGUGCUGGAGGCAGCACAGCCAGGGACCAGAAGUUGUUCAGCAAAGCAGAGAACUCCACCCCUGACUACACAGAGAUAAGCUCCAUCCCUCCCCUGCCUCUCUACGCCCUUCUGGCAGCUGAUGAGGAUACAUUACCAAAACCUGAUAAAGUGGGCAGUGUGAGCGGAGAUAGUGGGCAUGGUUCCAGUCACACUGAUGCUUAUGAUGAGCUCUUUAAAACACCCAGCAUAGCGGACCUGGACCCUCUAGACAACGAUCAAGAGGAAAUGGGCAACAAGGUUAUUGACCUGUCCCAGUACAGUCCGACAUACUUUGGUCCAGAACAUGCCCAGGUUCUGUCCAGUCACCUCCUUCAUUCCAGUUUGCCAGGCUUAACCUGUAUGGAGCAGAUGUCUCUCAUGGCGCUGGCUGACACUAUUGCUACCACAAGCACCGACCUCAAGGACAGCCAGGGCAAGAGCAAAGGUGGCGAGACACUGGAUGAGUGUGGUCUGAAGUUCUUGCUGGCCGUCAGACUCCACACCUUCCUCUCUACCUCCCUGCCUCCAGCACAUAGAGCACAGCUGCUACGGCAAGGCCUGUCAACGUGUCAUUAUGCCUGGGCCUUCCACUCUGAAGCUGAGGAGGAACUGCUGAACAUGCUGCCUGCCCUACAGAAGGGAGAGCCCACCUGGCCUGAGCUGCGUUCCAUGGGUGUGGGCUGGUGGCUGCGCAGCACCAACAAGCUUCGCCGGUGUAUUGAGAAGGUUGCCAGGGCUUCUUUGCAGAGAAACAAUGAUCCUCUGGAUGCAGCUAUAUUUUACCUCGCACUGAAAAAGAAGGCAGUGGUCUGGGGUUUGUACAGGUCUCAGAAGAAUGCCAAAAUGACAGACUUUUUCCGCAACAACUUCAGUGAGGACCGGUGGAGGAAAGCAGCACUGAAAAAUGCCUUUUCUCUGUUGGGAAAGCAGCGGUUCCAGCAUUCUGCAGCCUUCUUCCUUCUAGCCGGCUCCCUUAAGGAUGCUGUGGAGGUGUGCUUAGAGAAAAUGCAGGACCUACAGCUGGCCCUGGUGAUCUCUAGAUUGUAUGAGUCUGAGUUUGAGACGGCAUCCACCUACAAAAAGAUCCUCCAGAGACACGUUCUGGGUCAAGACAAACAGAUUCAAGCCCACCAGGACCCGUUCCUGCGGAGCAUGGCUCACUGGGUCCUGGAGGACUACAGCAGGGCCUUGGACACGCUACUCGAUCAGCCUGCUAACAGCGCCCGCUCUGGGUCCGCUGAGAGCAAAUGUGAUGCUGGUUCCUCUCCUGUGUCUACAUGUAACCCUGAGGUUUUCAAUUUUUACACCUACCUUCGUACCCACCCACUCCUCCUUCGCCGCCAUUUUGGCUCUUCAGACAAGGCUAAAGUUGGCCUAACCGCUGAGGGUCGCAGGGCUGACUCCAUCAGCCUGGAGGAGAGACGACUGUUUUUCACAGCUGCAUACGCACACCUGCAAGCUGGCUGCCCCAUGCUGGCACUUGAAGUCCUCUCGAAGAUGCCCAAAGUCCGCAAACAUUCCAAACUCCCCAACCAGGAUACAAGCACCACUGCUGAGCUCAGUGUCGGGCGCAAGAAUGGACAAACAUCAGACCCGGAUUGGUCACAGCCGGCUCUCAACGGCUACGACUCGGAUGGAAACAGCUUAUCCAACAGCCAGUCAGAUUCAGUGUUGAGUUUUGACUGGAGCCAGCCGUCACUGACACUUCCAGAUGAGUCCCUGGAGCUGAAGUGGGGAAGUGACAAAGAUGAUGAAGAAGAUGAUGAUGAGGAUGAAGAAGAAACUAAAAAUAGUCAGAGCGGUGGAACUGCAGAAAGCAGCAGUGUGUUCCAGGACACGCAGGAUGCCAUGUCGCCUCUAAUGGAGACAGUGACAGGAGAAGACAGUGAAGACAGCAAUGACUUCCUAGCACCAUCUAAUGACAUAUUAGCGGUCCAGCUGAAGUUUACUGCCUGCUUGAAGAUUAUGACCAAUGAGCUCCGGACGCUGUCAACAGGGUACGAACUAGAUGGAGGGAAGCUACGCUACCAGCUAUACCAGUGGUUAGAAAGAGAGGUGGUGGCUCUCCAGCGUUGCUGCAGCUACAGGCCCUGCUUGCCAGAGCUGUCUGUCCAGGGUGAUGCCCCUGUUUCUGGGUUGGUGGAGGAGGAACAGCCCGGGAGUCCUCGUGGUGACAGCCAGAGGAGCAGGAGACACUGGCUGCAGAGUAACCAGCCCUUACUAAGGAUGUUUCUGAGCUACUGCAGCUUGCAUGGCUCCCAUGGUGGAGGACUGGCCUCUGUACGCAUGGAGCUCAUAUUAUUGCUUCAAGAGUCUCACCAGGAUGACGCCAUCCAAUCAGCGGUGACGUCAUGUUCUCCACAAACCUCUAUCCCUCUUCUGAUGGCUUGCACGGCCAAUGUGAAGACAGUGGUGGCCAAUCCCAUCGUCUACCUGACCAACCUGACUCAUGACAUCUUGAAGACCAUCAAUGCGCUCAACUCGCCUCCACAUCCUGAUGUUGUUAACAAUGAGAUCUAUGUGAUGCACACAUUGGCUGCCUCUUUGUCAGCCUGUAUUUAUCAAUGUCUGUGUGAUGGACACACCCACAGCCAUGUGAACCAUUUCACAGGAAUCGUGUAUCAGAGUGUGUUGCUGUCUCAGAAGCCAGUCAAAACUGUCAGCAUGGAUGAGUCUGCUCAGCCCAACACUUCCCCUUCACAGUGGCCAGGUAUCGCUUCUCUGAUUCGCCUGUUGAGCUCAGCAGGUGAGGAGAGCCAGCCAGGCUUAGCUGUGCUGCUCUGUGAGAUCCUGACUGCUGUCUUCCUCAGUCUGUUUGUUCACGGCAUGGCCACUCACUCCAGCAACGAGCUGUUUCGCAUCGUGGCCCACCCCCUCAACAGCAAGCUUUGGGUGACAGUGUUCGGAGGAGGUGCCCGGACCCCUGUCAUAGAGAAACCCAACAGCCCAACAAGAACCCCCCCACCAGCCUCACCAUGCGGCUCAGACAGGAAGUCCAGACGAUUCAGGCUUCUGUCAUCACGCAGUGGAUCCAAAGAGGAGGGCCCAACCAGUCCAAAGCAUGGCCCUGUGGUGGAACAAGAAGCUACCUCUAUCUUUAAAGAAAGAUUUGUCCCUCCAGAGCUCAGCAUUUGGGAUUACUUUAUCGCCAAGCCUUCGCUGCCACCAUCAGAAAGCAGAAUUGAAUAUGACUCCGAGGAGAGCCAGGGCAGUCAAGAUGAAGAUGAAGAUGAUGGUGAUGAAUAUGAAGAUUUGUUUGACCCCAACUCUCCGCAAAGAGAGCAUUCGAACCACAAUUCAUACAGUUGGUGUUUGAUGCGUCUGGCAAUGGUUCAGCUGGUGUUGGUCAACCUCAAGUCCUUUUACCCAAUGGCAGGAUAUGAUCUAUUAGAUCUUCCUGUGGGCUCUCCUCUGUGUCACGCUGUGCUGAAGAUGCUGCAGCGCUGGGAGCAGGUGCUGCAGAAGAGGCUGGAGAUCUUCGGGGGCCCCCCUUCCAAGUACAUCUCCACCCACCUCCAGGAUGAAACAGCCACACCUGGUCCCGCCCUGCUCCGACACAAGGCCCUGUUUGAACCGUCCAACACCCCGUUCAGGACUAGCCACCCUUCAGCGCUGCCAGUGAAGCGUCUGUGGCAGUUUCUGGUCAAGCAGGAAGAAGUGCAGGAGACUUUCAUUAGACACAUCUUUACCAAGAAACGGGACCCGAAUGAGUCGGGUGAGGACCAGACUGACAAUAUGAAAUGUUCAGGGAUGGAGGAGACAGGAAACCAUCAGACUGAGUCAGUACAGGGCUGCUCCGGAGGAAAAGCACGCAUCAUCCACAAGGAAUCUGACAUCAUCACAGCCUUUGCCAUCAACAAGGCAAAUCGUAACUGUUUAGUCAUGGCCUCCACCCAUGACAUUCAGGAGUUGGAUGUGUCAUCCAUCUUGGCCACACAGAUCUUGACAUGGAUUGAUGAUGAUGAUGCUGAAGCCAAAGGUUUUGGUGGUGAUGACUUCCUGGUGGUCCACACACGCGAUGACUUUGCUGCCAUCCACGGAACCACACCGUACACUCACAGUAGCCCUGGCACACCCAUCAACAUGCCGUGGCUGGGGGGACUGCAGACGGGCCGGGGUGCAUCUGUGAUGAUCAAGAGAAAUAUCAACAAUGUGAGAAGAAUGACCUCCCAUCCCACGCUGCCUUACUACCUGACAGGAGCUCAGGAUGGUAGCGUGAGGAUGUUCGAGUGGGGUCACUCCCAGCAGAUCAUCUGCUUCAGAAGUCCAGGCAACUCCAGAGUCACCAGGAUACGAUUCAACCACCAGGGAAACAAGUUUGGUAUCGUAGAUGCCGAUGGAGGUUUGAGUCUCUGGCAGACCAACACAAGCGGGAAUGCACCCAAACCAUACCUGACGUUGCAAUGCCACAACAAGACAGCUCACGACUUCGUCUUUGUGGGCUCCUCCUCCCUCAUUGCCACUGCGGGUCUUUCAACAGACAACAGGAACGUGUGUAUGUGGGACACUCUGGUGACUCCUGCGAACAGCCUUGUGCACGCUUUCUGUUGCCACGAGUCCGGUGCUACCGUGCUCUCGAUGGCUCCCAGGCAGCAGCUACUCAUCACAGGUGGGAGGAAGGGCUGGAUCAGCGUCCUGGAGCUCCCCCACAGGCACCAACGCCAGAGCUUCCAGGCCCACGACUCGCCGGUCAAAGCACUGGCUGUGGAUCCGACUGAGGACUGCUUUAUCAGUGGAUCAUCGGAGGGCAACAUUAAGGUUUGGAGCCUGACCACACAGUGUCCACUCUACACCUUUCCAAACGAACACGCUCGCCAGUCGCUGUUCAGGAACCUCGGCACGGGCGUCAUGCAGAUAGAGGUGGGGCCGACCAACCACAUCUUCUCCUGCGGCGCAGAUGGAACCAUGAAGAUGAGGAUCCUACCCAACCGCUUCAGUGUUGUCAACAACAACAACAACAACCACGGCAACCUCAAGAACGAUGUCAAGUUCUUCAUAUAGACAAAUGUAGAAAAAGAAUAAGUGUUAAAUCAGUUUAAUUGAGUAAUGUGAAGUGAAUCAGCACCACUGCUGUGGAAAUAACUUAAAACCUAAUUGGAACAGUGGCCGUCAUGGGUUAAUUUUGGGGGAACAAUGCCAUGACAGAACAAUGACGUCACGUGUUAUCAACCAGCGUAAAUGAAGGUGGAAUUAUUCAUAGGAUUUAGACUUUCACAGAGUGAGAGAGCGUGUCGUCUGAUCCAGGGGCCCAAGUGUGACUGUGCAGUGAAAUGAUCGCAUCUGCUGUGCUUUGUGUGGGACAUGAACUCAAAUUUGGCAUCAAAGCUGACCAAACGCAGGAGCCCCUCUACAAGUGUUUUAAACUGCGGUGGAAGUUAAAGUGGGCACAGGGUAACGACCUAGGGCACAGUCGAUCUGAAUAAACUGAAAGAGAGACAAAAACCCAGCUGGAGAUUCUCCAAAACAAACUGCCAUCUCAGUGUCUACUAAACAGAGUGUGGAGAGCCUUUUGUUUUUUGUUUUGUUUUUUGCACAGGAAGUGAAGCUGCAGAAGGAGCAAGUGUGACAAGAGACUGUGAAGAGUCUAAAGCUGCAGCUUGCUAUACAGCAUCACCUUAUCUAGUUCAUAUUAGUAAAGCAGUCAUGAUAGUGGGAGCUCUUCUGGAAUUACUGCUGGAGCGUUCAGGUGAUAAAAUGCAUGCAGUGUUUCUUACAGGGACGAUCAGUGAUCCCUUUAGGGGUUUGAACGUCACCACAAGACUGUACGACACUGUUGAACCCGCUCAGCACAAUGCAGUAAGACCAGUGGGCAUCGUACAAAGCACAUUAUAUCCAGUCACAAGGAUUCCCGGCGCAUUCUGGUGCUCCAUAUAAAGUUUUGAAUACAAAUGAGCCAGCGUGGUUGGAAACGCAGAGGACCAGGCGUUUGUCGUGAUUACAGGAUGUCAAUUUCAUAUCACUAUUAUUGUUUCACGUUUUAAUUGUAGGCAUUUGUAUGAUGCCCUUUCCCAGCCUGACUUGAAAUGAACACAGGAAACUUUUUGAUUUUAUAAUGGUGGAAACAAUAAACAUCUUAAAUUCGAAGCAAUAGUUUGACAUCUCAUUUUCUGUCGGAAACGUUAGAUGAGAAGAUUGAUGCCACUCGUAAGUGGGUAUGUAAGGCUACAGCCAGCAGCAGGUUAGCUUAGCUCAGAGACUGUUGUACGGAUUAAACAAACGAGGUAUAACGUGUUAAUUAGUGAGUUUUAGAGGUGCUGGUAGGCGGAUUUUGUUACCGUACAGAACCAGGCUAACCGGUUUCCUUGUUUCCAGUCUAAGCUAAGCUAACAGGCUGCUGGCUAACGCUUCAUAUUUAACAGGCAGAUUCAACAGUGGUGUCAGUAUCCUCAUCUAGCGUAUUUCGCAAAAUGUAGAAAAAUUCCUUUAAAUCUUUCGAAAUUUGUGACUUGAGUUUUCAUGUGGGCCAUUACACAACGUUUUCUUAAUUUUCAUGGACUACCUGAAUGCGCCAUUUCUCUUACUCUAUUUGCACAUACAAUUAGGCUAAAUUAUAUGUAGUGUAAUGCAUAUAACUGUACAAGGCCGGAUGUCAAUAAAGCAGUCCAGGCCUUUGGUAAUAAGAUUAAUAUGUAUAGUACGAUGUUUGUUUAUCCCAGUUUAGAUUUAACCAGUAGUAUUAUUAUUAAGUGUCCUUAAUCUCUGAAAAGGACUUCUGCCAUGCUGGCACAGUACUAUGGUACUAGAGUUGGUCCUGAUAAUAUUGACUAUUAUUAAGUUGCACAAAGUAGCUUUAAUUUAACAUCGUUGGUAUGGGACACCAUGAAUAAUACUUUUUCUGGCUGCAUUUUGUUUUUUGAAAUGUUCAAUAUUAAGCUUCAGGACAUGUAGCAGGAAACUUUGCUGUUGACAAUGGAAAGGGGUUGGGGUGGGGCAGUUAAACACAUUUUAAUGAGUAUUCUAUUUUGUUGUGGAAAUGUUUUAUUCCAAUAACAAUGCACUUCCCUUUCAUCGACUCCAAACUUUAAUUUUUCAUACAGACCAUGAUUGAAAACUGCCUUGGAAACAAUAUUGUUUGCCUUGUAGUAUUCUUAAUUUUAUUAGCAGACUUGCUACCCAGUUCCUUUGUCAUAAUUAUAGUAAUUACCUUAACUUCACUUAGUUUUUUGUUUUUUUUAUCAUUUAAUUUCUGUACAUAUCAUCCAAAUGCAGCACAUUGCCGUCAGUACAUGCUUGGAAAAUGUGUAAUCUAGGUUGGUGUGUAAUAUGAUGUGUCUUCCACAUAAAUAAGGAAGAGGUUCAUGCGAACUGUCCUAUAGCUGUUUAGUGUGAAGGAGUAUAAUCCAUUAGGCUAACUACCCAUAGAACCUUGUUGUGCUGCUGUAGGGAAACAAAUUUACAUUAGCUUUGAUUUCAGGGAGGAUAAACUGAAGAAAACCUUUUAGAUAAAGCCGAUUUAUUGCAGUUAUGUAUAUAUCCUUAGACUAGGCUUCUCAUAAUGACUGCAUAAUCAUGAGAUAGUCGUAGAUAAACAGUAGGUGAUGACAAAGCCACUUUAUGAAGAAUAUUAUUCUGUACAAAUACAGGUAUAUUUAUGAAAUGUUCAUAUUUAGGACUAUAGACUGAUCAAAAGGCAGAUGUAAUCUUAUUUACUGCUUUUUUCCCUGUUAUUAGGGUACCAUUUCUUUCCUUUUCUUUGCUCAAUAUUUCCUUGUGGACACAUUGCGAUUUUUGUUUUACCCACAAAAGUGGUUGGAAGAUUGUGUGUACUUCUGCAGUAACUUGAGAAUAAAAUUAUUUUUUAAAUCAAAGCCAAACUAUAUGUACUCCUACAGGAGAAUGAAAUAAAUUUUAUCAAAGCAA